AUGUCUCACAGAAAGUUUGAAGCUCCACGUCACGGUUCCCUUGGUUUCUUGCCAAAGAAGAGAGCCUCUUCUCCAAGAGCCAGAUGUAAGGCUUUCCCUAAGGACGACAAGUCCAAGCCAGUCGCUUUGACCGCCUUCAUGGGUUACAAGGCUGGUAUGUCCACCAUCGUGAGAGACUUGGACCGUCCAGGUUCCAAGAUGCACAAGCGUGAGGUUGUUGAGGCCGUCUCCAUUGUUGACACUCCACCUCUCGUUGUUGUCGGUGUCGUUGGUUACGUUGAGACCACCAGCGGUCUUAAGUCUUUGACCACCGUCUGGGCUGAGCACUUGUCUGAUGAUGUUAGAAGAAGAUUCUACAAGAACUGGUACAAGUCCAAGAAGGUCGCUUUCAGCAAGUACUCUGCCAAGUACGCCAACGACCCAGCCUCUAUCGAGACUGAGUUGGCCAGAAUCAAGAAGUACGCUUCUGUUGUCAGAGUCCUCGUCCACACCCAGAUCAGAAAGACCCCUUUGAACCAAAAGAGAGCUCACUUGGCUGAGAUCCAAAUCAACGGUGGUUCCAUUUCUGAGAAGGUCGACUGGGCCAGAGACCACUUCGAGCAGACCAUUGCUGUUGACACCGUCUUUGAGCAGAACGAGAACAUUGACGUUAUCGCUGUCACCAAGGGUCACGGUUUCGAAGGUGUCACCCACAGAUGGGGAACCAAGAAGCUUCCAAGAAAGACCCACAGAGGUUUGAGAAAGGUUGCUUGUAUUGGUGCUUGGCAUCCAGCCCACGUUAUGUGGACUGUUGCCAGAGCCGGUCAAAACGGUUUCCACCACAGAACCUCUAUCAACCACAAGAUUUACAGAGUUGGUAAGGGUGAUGAUGAGUCCAACGGUUCUACCGAGUAUGACAGAACCAAGAAGACCGUUACUCCUCUUGGUGGUUUUGUCAGAUACGGUGAGAUCAGAAACGACUUCGUCAUGAUCAAGGGUUCCAUCCCAGGUCCAGUCAAGAGAGUUGUCACCUUGAGAAAGUCUUUGUACACUCAAACCUCCAGAAAGGCCACCGAGCAAGUCACCCUUAAGUGGAUCGACACUGCUUCCAAAUUCGGUAAGGGUAGAUUCCAAACCCCAGCCGAGAAGGCCGCCUUCUUGGGUACCCUUAAGAAGGACUUGCAGUAA